AUGUCCGACGAUGUCCAACGCUCCGAGGCGACCAAGCUGUUGAAGGAGGCUCGAAAGGCUCGAGGUUGUCCGAGGUUACAAGCAAGACUCUUUAUUGUGAUUAGGAUUGGUUAUAUUAUACGAGCAAUGCCGAUAUUUGUCAUGAUGGUUGAUGGUGGCCAAUUAGCCAAUCACAUAUUAGCCUUGUGGUUGUUUCUUUAUGUGAAUGGUCGGUAA